AUGGCCGGUGUGAUGCUUCGAUAUACAGGAACAUUUCUACGACGUUUGAGACCAUCUUAUCGCCCGAAGGUGUCUGCACCAGUCUACGAAUCACUUAAAGCAUUGAACAUUUUUAAACCGUAUCGCUUAAAUCGUGGAGGGAAGGGGAAGUUAUCCAGUAAAGGUAGAAUUCAAACAGUGGUACGACAACAACAAGUUGGUAUUGUUAACAAUAGAUUAGCUAACCUAUCCAAUUGUAUUGGUAUCAACAUACUCCAAUCUCCAUCUCGCUUGAAUAACAAUAUUCCUAAUAUUCUUUUGACAAACAUUCGCUCAUUGAGGAACAAAGUUGACGAACUUCAACUUGUUGUUGAACAUAAUUCUGCUGAUAUUGUUAGUUUAACAGAGACAUGGCUAUCUGAUGAUAUUUUAACUGAUGAAAUAAGUAUACCGGGCUAUAAUUUUUUCAGAAGUGAUCGUCAAGAUCGUUUGGGGGGCGGCGUUGGUAUCUAUGUUAAGAAUUCUAUCCCAGUUAAAAGAUUAUUUGAGUACGAAACUGUCGAUAGAGAGUCGUUGUGGUUGGUUUUAAGACCCCCACGUCUUCCCCGUCAAGCUUCAUUGAUUUUGUAUGCGGUAAUUUACCACACCACUGCCUCCAAUUCCCAGGAUGACUCUGAUUGUCUAGUCCAUAUUCAAAAUAAUGUUGAUUCGUUUGUGAAUGCCCACCCUGAUGCUUUAGUUGUGAUAACGGGGGAUUUCAAUCCUAAUUCCACCAAUUUGAAUGAAAAACUUGUUAAACGUCGAACUGGACUUAAACAAUUAGUCAAAGUUAACACACGGGAUAGUGGUGUGUUAGACUGGUGUUUAGUCAACAAAACUGCGCCUACUCAAUUACCGAAGAUUGCUUUUAGUGACCACUAUACUAUAUCCAUUGUGGCGAAAAAUAACCCGCCCACGGGUACCGCUAACGCAAAACAGAAUGAUCCAGCGUUUAGGCGAGUUUUAACGGAAAGUAAUUUUCAUCGUUUUGGCCAAUGGAUAACCACGGUUGACUGGUCUACCGUCCUUGAACUUGAGGCAUGUGAAGAUAAAUAUUUAGAGUUCCAUAAACUAAUUUCUGGCGCUGUCGAUGCCUAUUUCCCCUUUAAACGGGUUAAAACUCUGGCGUGCGACAAACCGUGGCUAACAUGUAAAUUAAAAUUUCUUAUUGGGAAGAGGCAAUCCACAUUGGCAAAAUUUGGUUGUGUGUCUGAAGAAUUUAAAUUUUGGAGAAACAGAGUUAAAAAUGAGAUAAAGGUAUCGAAGGCGAAGUAUUACAAUUCGUCUGUGCAACAUCUAAGAGACUCUAAUAUUUCUCACUGGUGGCGCCAGGUCAAAAAGUUAUCCACCCCAUGCCGGAAAAGUGAGUGGUAUCAUCAAUUCAUUAACGAGGAAACCCCAUCAUUGGAUAAUUUGUGUCAAAAAAUUAACAACGCCUUAGUUAAUAUUACAUCCAACUUUUCCCCGCUCGAUCAUUGCCCGAAUAGCCCAUCUAUUCAUGUUCCUGAUGAGCUGUUAGUUUCAAGUAACGAGGUCUUUUGUGAUCUAUCGCGCAUCAAAUCCCGCUCAGCAAUUGGUCCUGACGGUAUACCCAACCGGGUCCUAAAAGACUUUGCUUUCGAAUUGGCCUCAGUUUUGGCGGAUAUUUAUAACUCCAGUAUGAAGCAAGGCGUUUUUUCAGAACAGUUGAAGGCAUCGAUCGCUAUCCCAUUACCUAAGUGUCAUCCCCCUAAAGAAAUAAAUUCAGACCUACGUCCAAUAUCGUUGACUAACCAAGUUGCUAAGAUUAUGGAGGGUUUCACACUUUAA